AUGGCAAAGAAGGGGGCAUCUUCGUCAAAUCCUAUUGCUACAUGGAAUGUCCACAAUAUAUCUAUAUUUUGUGAUAUUUGCAUCAAGGAGGUUGAGGCCGGACAUCGUCUAGGCACUCACUUUGACAAAGAUGGAUAUGCAAAUAUUAGAGCUAACUUCAAGCUAGUUGGUAAAGAAACUGGCCUAGGGUGGAAUUCAAGCAAGGGUACCGUUGAUGCCUCUGAUGAGUGGUGGAAUAAUAAAAUUCAGAUAAACAAAGAAUAUGGAAAAUUCCAAAAAAAGGGCAUUAGUCCUGAGAUGGAGGACGAGUUAGAUAGGAUGUUCUCGAACACAGUUGCUACCGGUGAACAUGCCUGGGCACCUUCCUCUGGAGUACUACCACUAGAUACAAGAAAUGAAUCUAUAGGACAAAUUAAUUCAGAUGAUGAGGAUGAAAUUGAGACCAUGCAGGAUAUAAGUGCAGAGAAGCGAUAG